AUGAAGGAAGAGAUGGAGGAAGAAAUGAAGGAAGAGAUGGAGGAAGAGAUGGAGGAAGAGAUGGAGGAAGAGAUGGAGGAAGAGAUGGAGGAAGAGAUGGAGGAAGAGAUGGAGGAAGAGAUGGAGGAAGAAACGGAGGAAGAAACGGAGGAAGAAACGGAGGAAGAAAUGGAGGAAGAAAUGGAGGAAGAAAUGGAAGAAGUGGUGGAAGAGAUAAAGGAAAAAGUCGCAUAG